AUGGCGUCGCACGGGAGCUUCCAGUCGCUGGGCAGCGCGAAGAGCGAGCCCGCGGAGUGGCUGCCGAACCGCUGGGGCGAGAGCUACCGGCUCGGCGACCUCGGCGCGGACCAGGCGCCCGAGGGCCCCGCGGCGAAGCCGCGGACCUUCGCCGAGUUCCGCCCCGAGGAGAGCCGGCCGGGCUGGCUCGGCGGCGUCGGGGCGGUCGGCGGCGAGCGGCCCGCGUUCGUCGGCGGCCGCGACGACGGCGCGUCCUACCCCUACCCGGCGAUCCUGAGCGACCCCGUGAGCGACGAGAUGAGCAGCGAGCGGGGCCUCGCCUACCGCGCGGCGUACCAGCAGUACCGGCGGGGCUUCGCCGAGGGCGCGAGCGGCGAGCGGCCGCGCGCGGCGCCGACGCCGCCGCGGCACACGCCGAGCCCGCCGCCGCUGCCGCGGCGCACCGACCGGGGCCACGCGUCGAGCCUCGUGGGCCCCCUCAUCGCCGAGUUCAGCGACGCCGUCGCGCGCGAGGUCUCGGACAAGAUCCGCCACGCGCUCGACCGCGACGUCGGCCCGGAGCGGCUCCGCCGCUUCCUGGACGACGGCGCCGACGGCCUGCGGGACGAGGUCUCGGCGCUGCGCGAGGAGAACCGGCGCCUCGCGCGGGAGAACGCGCGCCUCGACGCCGCGCGGCGCGACUACAGCCCGCCGCCGCCCGGCCGCGAGCCGGCGAACCCCUACGACCGCGGCCACCCCAACGGCGGCGCGCCCAAGCCCUUCGCGCCGCCGCGCCAGACCGGCGAGGGCUACGACGGCGGCGACGCGCCGAACUUCGACGCGAUGCGCGAGGACCUGCACGGCGCGCUCUCGCGGCUCUCGACCCUGGAAGGCCGCCAGCGCGCGCUCCAGGGCAAGAUCGCCAAGCUCGACGGCCAGUGGGGCGGCGACUGCACGCAGAUGACCCACACGGUCUGCGAGCUCCAGCGCAUCGUCGCGACCAAGUACUACCACCGCGACCCGGAGACGGUCACGGAGAUCUCCGCGCUCCGCGGCCAGCUCAUCGCGCUCGCGCACUCCAUCGACAAGCUCGACCAGCGCACGCUCGCCAUCGAGAGCGACGCCGUCGUCACCAUCGACGGCGUCACGCAGCCGCCCCAGCGCGGCCCGGGCGGCGCUAGAUGCAAGUCCAAGCUCGUGGACGACGAGGGUGUCAGCGUCCUUCAGGCGUGUCCGGCGACGUGCGGGUCGUGCUCCGUCGCCGCCUGCGAGGACUCGACGUCGUGGUACUAUAAGAAGGAGCGGAAGAACUGCGAGUACGUCGCGAAGAGCGCGGAUCGCUGCGAGAAGGAAGACGACUUCGGGGUGAGCGGGUCGGACGCGUGCCCCGUGGCCUGCGAAACUUGCGCGACCCCGCCGCCGACGUCCAUCGAGUGUGCCGAUUCCACGUCGUUCUUCUACAAGAAGAAGAGCAAGAAGACCUGCGGCUACGUGUCCGAGAAACCCGAUAAUAGAUGCAAGCUGAAGCUCGUGGACGACGACGGCGUGAGCGUCCUUCAGGCCUGCCCGGCGACGUGCGGGUCGUGCGCCUUCUCGCCGACGUCGAUCGCCCCGACGGCCAAGCCGACGCCCGCCCCCGUCGCCGCGGACGCCUGCCUGGAUUCGACGACGUGGUACUACGACGGAAAGGAGCGCAAGAACUGCGAGUACGUCGCCAAGGCCACCGCGGACCGCUGCGAGAAGGAAGACGACUCCGGCACGAGCGCCUUGGAAAUGUGCCCCGUGACCUGCGGCACCUGCCCGACGCCCGCGCCCGUCGCCGCGGACGCCUGCCUGGAUUCGACGACGUGGUACUACGACGGAAAGGAACGCAAGAACUGCGAGUACGUCGCCAAGGCCACCGCGGACCGCUGCGAGAAAAAGGACGACUCCGGCACGAGCGCCUUGGAAAUGUGCCCGGUGACAUGCAGCACGUGCGUGUCAAUGUGGCCGACGGCCAAGCCGACGACCAUGGCCCCGACGGCCAAGCCGACGUCGAUCGCUCCGACGUUCGAGCCGACGCCCGGCCCCGUCAGUUCCUGCGAAGACUCGAUGACGUGGUACUACGACGGAAAGGAACGCAAGAACUGCGAGUACGUCGCCAAGGCCACCGCGGACCGCUGCGAGAAGGAGGACGAGACCGGGACGAGUGCUUUGGAGGCUUGCCCGGUCACAUGCGGCACCUGCGUGUCGAUGUGGCCGACGGCCAAGCCGACGUCCAUCGCCCCGACGGCCAAGCCGACGUCCAUCGCCCCGACGUUCGAGCCGACGCCCGGCCCCGUCGGUUCCUGCGAGGACUCCGCCACGUGGUACUACGACGGGAAGGAGCGCAAGAACUGCGAGUACGUCGCCAAGGCCACCGCGGACCGCUGCGAGAAAGAAGACGAGUCCGGCACGAGCGCGUCGGAAAUGUGCCCGGUGACCUGCGGCACGUGCGUGUCACUGUGGCCGACGGCGAAGCCGACGUCGAUCGCCCCGACGGCCAAGCCGACGCCGGGCCCCGUCGCCGCCUGCGAAGACUCGGCGUCGUGGUACUACGCCGGAAAGGAACGCAAGAACUGCGAGUACGUCGCCAAGGCCACCGCAGAUCGCUGCGAGAAAGAAGACGAGUCCGGCACGAGCGCAACGGAGGCCUGCCCGGCCGCAUCAACAUCGCUUCAACGCGCCGUGCACCAAACACCGAUCGACGCAAUGAUGCGCGUGCUGCUCGUCGCGUCGGCGGCGCUGGCCCUGCGCGAGGUGUCGUGGCCGUCGCUCAACUUCGGCCGACCACAAUCGCCGACGCAGCGCUGCGUGGCGUGCGUGAACACGGGCGACAUCGACGGCGCCUUCGAGUGGCUCGAGGAGGCGCGGCGCAGCGAUGACGGCGCCCUGCGCGACGCCUGGGGCGCCGUGCUCGGCGCGCUCGCCGAGUUCCGGAGCCCGGCGCUGCUGCGCUGCUGCGAGACCAUGUUCCACGACGGCCUCGGCUACGGCGAUUUAGAUGAAACGGUCCGCGCGAAGCUCGAGGGCCUCGUGCCGCCGGCCGUCGCCGACGACGGCGCGGGCGCCGCGGGGCCCGCCGCGGAGUCGCCGGCGCCGCCGGAGCUCUGGGUCGAGGCGGGCGGCGCCGUCCCGUCCGUGGACUGCCGCGGCGGGGGCGCGCGCGCCGCGCUCGACGCGGCGCGCGCCGCGCGGAGGCCCGUGAUCCUCCGCGGCGUCGGCGCGCGCUGGCGCGCGGUCGGCUGGGACGCGCAGACCAUCGCCGACGCCUUCCCCGCGGCGCUCGUCUGCCGGGUCGCGCGGCAGAGCGCCGUGAGCUUCUGCCGCGAGUCGCACCCGGCCGUCGCGCGCGGCGACGUCGCGCCGCCGAGCCGGAGCGUCGUCCUGAGCGGCGCGGCGGCGGCGCGAAGGUUGCGGGGCGAGCGGCGGCCGAAUCUGGUCUACGACGACGCCGACGAGGAGCACGUCUACGCGCAGGCGCUCGCGCCGCCGGCGCUGCUCGCGGACGUGGACCUGGGGUUCCUCACGUUCCGGGGGUCCGCGCCGCCCGCGCGGCUCUGGGCCUGCCGCGGCGGCGUCUUCUCGCCGCUCCACUACGACGCCCAGGACUCGCACCUCGUCCAGGUCGUCGGCGAGAAGCGGCUGUUGCUGUGGCCGCCGGAGGCCAAGGCCGCGCUCCGGCCCUUCGGCGACGACUCGCCGCUCGCGCGCCGCUUCCGCGUCGACGUGCUCGCCGCGGGCGCGGAGGCCGCCGAGGCCGCGCUGCGGAGAGGAGAGGAGGAGGGCCUGCCCCGCGACGGCGACGCGGCGGCCCCGGGGCCGUCGGGCGACGCCGCGUUCGACCUCGUCCGCGGCGGCGCGCUCGAGGCGACCAUCGGCCCGGGCGACGCGCUCUGGUUCCCGAGCGACUGGGCCCACCACACCGAGUCCCGGGGCGACCUCUCCAUCGCCCUCGCCAUCCGCGAGGUCGAGGGGGUCGUGGCGGGGGCCUAAGGCGGCCGUCUU